AUGGUGGAGACUUCUGCUCCUCUAGGUGACUCGUUGCGGUUUAUGGUUCAAGGAACACAGCAACGUACCCUUGGCAAGGCCGAUCUGCAAGCGACAAGGCUCAUCGGCCAAGGCUUCGAGGGCGAGCUGGCGUUGGAGGAAAGGCCGAAGGAGCUACUGGAAACGGAGACGGAAUCCUUCCUGAAGGUCAAAGUUUCUGUCUUGAAUUCCUUUCUGGCCACAGCCUCCGACCUGCCUUCCUCGAAUCCGGCUCCUGCAACGGGCAUGGGCAGCAAG